AUGCAUGGACCACUCUUGCGGCUCCGAUGUGGAGUGAACUCAUAUGCCUGGGGGAAGAAGGGAAACGACUCAUGUGCGGCUAGAUAUGCUGCUGCUACUGCUGCUUUCUCGAUCAAGCCUGAACAACCAUACGCAGAGCUAUGGAUGGGCACUCACCCUUCAAACCCGUCUUAUGAUGUUUCCACUUCUCAGACGCUUCUCCAAAUUAUCAAAGAGGAAGACAGUCUUCUGUCACCAUCUAUCGUAGCCCAAUAUGGCCGCGAGCUUCCAUUCUUGUUCAAGAUUUUGUCAAUCCAGGAUGCGCUUUCAAUACAAGCCCAUCCCGACAAAAUACUAGCCAAGCAGUUGCACGCCUGUGAUCCAAUCAACUAUCCUGAUGAAAAUCACAAGCCCGAGAUGGCGAUUGCCGUGACUCCCUUCGAGGCCCUCUGCGGCUUCAGGCCGUUGGAUGAAAUUACCCACUUCCUCGAGCAAGUACCGACACUCAGAGCCCUUGUUGGGGAGGACGAAUCAAGUUAUUUCCAAACAGCCGCCGCCAUGUACGACAAGAACAUGAUCCAUGAUGCUAGGGAAGCAGACAAACAGGCCCUACACAGGGCUUUUAGCAAGUUAAUGAAUUCAUCACAGUCAUCUAUUGCAUCUGCCUCGAAGGCCUUAGUCGAAUCGGCGAAGAUUGAAGGCGAUAGCUUUGCUGGAGGUGGGGUGACUUCAACUUCAGGUGCGGUUUUAUCUGAGUUGAUUGUUCGACUUUAUGGGCAGUUUGGGCCCGAUCAUGGCCUGUUCGUACUGUUCUUCACCAACUUUGUCACCUUGCCUCCCGGCGGGGCAUUAUACCUUCAGGCGGACGAUAUCCACGCUUAUAUAUCAGGGGAUAUUGUUGAGUGUAUGGCGACAUCGGACAAUGUCGUCCGUGCAGGAUUUACAGCACGCUUCAAGGAUGUGCCAACGUUGGUCGAUAUGUUGACCUACAACUACGCACCAAUCGAGGAACAAGUUAUGAAGCCAGCUCAAUAUCUCGAGGCUGCUCUGAAUGAAAAGGCAGCCAGUAAUGGUUCUUUUAUCACCAUCUAUGAUCCUCCUAUUGACGAGUUUGCCGUUGCGCGCUCUGUCCUUAAAGGUCAAGGUGCUGCAGCGACAUACCACCAUAUGAACGGUCCAAGCAUUAUAAUUUGUACAAGCGGAGAAGGCAGUAUUACCGUUGGCUCCAUAACCAUGGAUGUUCAAGAAGGCUACGUCUUUUUUGUUGGUGCUGCAGCGGAGUGUGCUCUUGAAGCCCAGAGCGAUAAUGAAGACUUCGAAAUGUACAGGGCGUUCUGUGAGAUCAAAUAA